CCCCGCCCGCCUCCCCUCCCCUCCGCCCGCCCCGUCGCAGGGCAGCCUGGCGGGAGGCGGACGGACAUGGACGAGUAGCGGCCCCGAGGACUGUCCGGGACUGACCCGUUUGUGAAGAACAUUUCUCUUUGUGACGGACUGAUAAAAAAUGUGGAAUAAUUCAAGUUACCAAUGGCUCUUGUCAAUAAUUCUUUUAUGUUUAACAAGUCAGGUACAUAGCCAGAAUCAAGGAGCUCCUCAUGAUUUGAAGUGCGUAACACAUAACUUGAAGGCAUGGGACUGUUCCUGGAAAGCCUCCUCUAGUACAGAUUUUGUCACUACUUAUGAAGUUUGCACUGAAAACAGCUUCUACCCAUGUAAUCGGACAGAGAAAACAAGAAUCGAACUUCCAGCUCCUUCAUCCGCUGAGUAUGAAAUAACAAUAAGUGCACUACGUCUUUCUGGAAAUGUCAUAACUAAAUUUGUGGUGAAUGAAAGAAAUGUUUCCUUAAUUCCAGUUAAGCCACAGAUAGUGAGUUUGAUUCCUGAGUUUUCAACCUCUACAUUAUAUCUGAAGUGGAAUGACAUUGGUUCAGCCUUCCCACACAAUUCCAAAGCCAACUGGGAGAUUAAGGUUAUGCGUAAAGAAAAUAUGGAAAUCGUAAAAUUAGCAACCUUCAGGACAAAUCUGAUUGGUAAGGAUUCAGUUCUUGCUUGGCAUUGGACUUCUGACAUGCCCCUGGAGUGUACUUCACAUUCUGUGAGCAUCAGAUAUUAUGUUGACGUGCUUCAUUUCUCUGGUCAUAAAGAGUGGAGUGAGUGGAGUCCUCCAAAGACUGUUUUUGGAUACCAAGCCAAAUUAAAGAAUAAGGUUUUUCCUCAAGACAAAGUGAUACUUGUUGGUUCAAAUAUAACCAUUUGUUGUGUAAUUCAAGACGGAGACACUUUUAAUGAGUUCCUUUUAGGAAGUCAACAUUACAGCCCUAUUCAUCUUGAUCAUCGAAGUGUUGCAAUCCAGAUAGACAAAAUAAAUGCCUCACAGUCCAGCGGAACAAAUGCAGUUUUUUUUACUGAGAAGGAUAUUGUUGGGACAGUGAUUUUUGUAGGAUAUCCACCUGAUACUCCACAAGAGUUAAACUGUGAAACUCACAAUUUAAAGGAAAUUUUAUGUAGUUGGAAAGCAGGAAGAGCAACUAAAUUGUUUGGCCCAUAUGGAACAAAUUAUACAUUACAUGAAAGAAUUUCUGGGAGGAGUAUUACACAUAAAAGUCCCGAUUCCUUGGAUGAAAACUACCUGUUGCUGUUUCAGAUGGUAGCGAAUCAGAAACUGUAUAACUUUACUUUGCAAGCUAGUAAUCCUUUGGGUAGAUCAGAAACAUCUGUUUUGGUGGACAUAACCCAAAAAGUUGUCCCACGUGCUCCCACUAAACUCUUUGUGCAAGAUGACGAUUCUACAAACAUCAUACUGCAUUGGAAUAUGCCUGGAAACUUUGCAAAGAUGAGACUUUUAUGUCAAAUUGAAAUGAAUACAGUUGAUUCAGAACCAAAAGUGUUGAACAUCUCAAUUCAAGGAUUAGAUACCUCUGGAUAUCAGGUUUAUUUGAACAUGUUAAACCCCUACACCAGAUACACUUUCCGAGUUCGCUGCUCAUCUGAGAACUUUUGGAAAUGGAGUGAAUGGAGUAACAGAAAGCAGUAUUCAACUAAAGAAGCCCUUCCUUCAAAAGGACCAGAUAUCUGGAGAGAAUGGAGCACUGAUGGAAAGAAGCUGAUAAUCUACUGGAAGCCUCUGCCUAUUAAUGAAGCUAAGGGGAAAAUACUUUCUUAUGGCCUAUCUUAUUCAUCAAACAAAGAGAUACAUUAUAUUCCCGAGGUCCCUGUUUCUCAGCACGAAGCAGAAAUAAGACUUGAUAGAAGUGAUUACACCAUUAGUGUUGUGGCCAGGAAUUCUGUUGGACUCUCUCCACCUUCCAAUAUAUCUAGCGUGGAACUUCCAAGUGAUGAUCUCAAAAUGGAGAAAGUGGUUGGGACUGGAAAAGGCAUUCUCCUGAGCUGGAAUUACAAUCCCAAUGUGACUUGUGACUAUGUUGUAAAAUGGUGCAAUUCAACCCAUUCUGAUCCUUGCUUUGUGGAGUGGAAGAAAUUUCCUUCAAAUAGUAGUGGGGCUCUUCUGGAAUCCGAUCACUUUCAGCCUGGUAUAAAAUAUAACUUCUCCAUAUAUGGAUGUAGAGACCAAAGAUAUCAAUUGUUUAGUUCUACAGUUGGCUAUGUGAAAGAGUUGGCUCCAAGUGUUGCACCAAAUUUUACUGUUGAAGACACAUCUGCAGAUUCAGUAUUAGUAAAAUGGGAAGACAUUCCUCCCGACGAUCUACGGGGAUUUUUAAGGGGAUAUUUGUUUUAUUUUGAUAAAGGAGAGAAGGGAACUUCCAAAACCAGAGAUCUGGAAUCAGGGGCAUCUGAGCUAAAAGUUAAGAAUAUUACUGACAUAACACAAAAGACACUGCGAAUUGCCGACCUUCAAGGAAGAACAAGUUACCAUCUGGUCUUGCGAGCCUAUACGAACGGUGGCGUGGGUCCAGAAAAGGACAUGUAUGUGGUUACAAAGGAAAAUUCCAUAGGUUUAAUCAUUGCCAUUCUCAUCCCGGUGGGAGUAGCUAUCAUUGUUGGAGUGGUAACCAGUGUGCUUUGUUAUAGAAAAAGAGAAUGGAUUAAAGAAACAUUCUAUCCUGAUAUUCCAAAUCCAGAAAACAGCAAAGCAUUGCAGUUUCAAAAGAGCAUCUGUGAGGGAAGCACUGCUCUGAAAACUUUGAAAAUGAAUCCUUGCACUCCUAAUAAUUUGGAAGUGGUGGAAACUCAGUCAACAGCUCCUAAAAUAGAGGACCCAGAAAUGACAUCCCCAGGAAUUAUACGUUCCGAAGAAGGGUCUGAUGCAGAACCAGAAAAUCUUGUGGUGGUUUCCUAUUGUCCACCAAUCAUUGAAGAGGAGAUCUCAAACCUUCCAGGGGAUGAGGCCGGGGGAUCUUCUCAAGUCAUCUAUAUUGACGUCCAGUCAAUGUAUCAGCCUCAAGCAAAACCAGAGGAGGAACUAGCGAACGACUCUGUAGAUGGAGCGGGCUAUAAGCCACAAAUGCACUUGCCUAUUAAUUCUCCUUCAGCAGACAUGACUGCCGAAGAUGACUUAGAUAAAAUGGCGGGUUAUAGACCUCAGGUAAAUGUGAAUACUUGGAAUUUAGGAUCUCCAGACUCUCCAAGCUCCAUCGACAGCAGCGGUGAAAUGGUGUCUUUUGGAAGUCCCUGCUCCAUUAAUUCUAGGCAGUUUUUAAUUCCUCCAAAGGAUGAAGAUUCUCCCAAGCCUUCCAGUGGAGGAUGGUCCUUUACCAACUUUUUUCAUAACAGACCCAAUGAUUGACAAUAUCAUGACUUCACUUCAGUCUGCCAUCUCAAUAAGCUCUUAUUCCUAGUGUUCUACAGCAGCAGCAGAUUAUUCUUCAAAGCAUCAAGAAGAGUGUUUUUGGUGAGAUGAACUUUAUCGUGUGUAAGUUACACUGAAAGUGUUAAUUUUUCCUGUUAUAGCAUAAAAGCCAACUGUACGGUAACUCCAGUAAUUAGCUUCAUAUACAGUUCAGGAUGAUGGACUUGCAUUUGUGACCCUAGCCAAAGAGUUCCCAUUUUCUAAGUAGUGUUUUAAAAUUAACAUUUCCUGUUACUUUGGUAAAGUUUUCCACUUCUUUGUUGCUAAUUGCCUUUUGUUGUUGUUGUUGUCAUGAAUAACAAGUAUUUUUUUGUUUUUCUCUCCCAACUUGUCUAUUUGGAGGUUCAGACCUGGGGAAAGCAUUCUCCCAUUCAGAUUAACAGAUGAGAACCUCAAUGAAAAUCAAGCACAGAUUGAGCAGAUGAGACUUUAAAUAUCAUUUAUCCGUCCCCACAAGUUCAGAAAUGAAUAUACCUUUUUUAAAUGUAGCAGCAGGUAUUAUAGUGUCUUAUUUGAUAACUUAGGUAAACUAGUUUCAGUGCUUAGUGCCUACUGUAUUAUAGUUAUUGAAUAGUUGACUCAGGGGUUCAAACUUGGAAAAUUAAGUGUAACACUGACUGAAAUCAAAAUAAUUACAUGUUAGCAGAUUUUCAAAUCUUUGUGCAAAUAUUGACCCCUUUGGUGCUAGCCCUGGGUUGCCCUAAAGUAGUGCUGUUGAGUUUUAAUUUCCAGGGCUACUUAGCAGGUUAAGCACCUAAAAGAAAUGCCAUUAUUAUUUGGUGACUUUUUUGGUUCCUCUUUCGUUAUUGGGUGAGCAGACUGCAUGCAGUUAAACCCAGCGCAGUCUUCAUUUGCACAAACAUGCCCUCUAAUAAACACCCUAUCAGCAAUAUUUAGUGGCACUAGCUACCAGCCAGGGCUUUCCUAAAAGGAGAGUUGGUGCUAUCAGUCUGUAGAGGAGAGACUGAGACCUCUUGAAGCGACAUUGUCAUGACCCAACCCAUGCCCUCGCUGGGUCUAGCAGUUAUUCCAUGGAUGAUCCUCACCAUGGCCACUCGGAGUACCAUAUCAAGAGAAACUUUCAAAGUAAUUCUUUGAGGAUGUGUAUUAAAAUUAAAUAUUUUAAGUUGAAUAUGAAUUAUUAGGCACCCGUAGAUAUAUACACUUAUUUUAUUGACCUAAAAAUGUCCAUAAGAAAUUCAUACAUCUAUCCUUGUGUAUCAGAAGUAAUGUUAUGGGUGAUAUUGCUCCUGGAAGAACUUCAAAUAAUGUUACCGACAGUAGAGUGUAUUUUAUUUGCUCUCAGGUUAUAUGUGUGUUUUGCCUUUUGACAGCAAAUACUUGAAGUCCUCUCUCUGAACAAAUAAAGGUAAUUUUUCUCCUUUGUAAUAUGCUAUAAUAUUUUAUACUCAAAACACAUGGCUUAUAUGGCUUAUCUUUUACAAGACGUCAUGUUUUUUGAAAUCUUGCUUCAAAAGAAGAUAUUCUUCUAUUAAAUGAAUCGGAAAAAACCCUCCUUUUGCUCGUUAUAUGGCUUAUAUUUUAUAAGAUGUCAUGUUCUUUUGAGAUCUUGCUUCAAAAUAAGAUAUUCGUCUAUUAAAUGAAAAAAACCCGCCUUUUUUUAAAAAAAAAAAACACAAAACACCAUGGUUUUAAGAUGUCUGUGAGCUUUACAAGUAUGGGAGUUCUUAUUUGAGGCAGACUCCAUAGUUUGCCCAGUGUUGUAACCACAAAAUUGAAGCUGUUUGCUUAGCAUGUCGUUUUGAACACUAGUAAAGCUUUACGACUUACUCAAAAAAAAAAUAGCAAGAUGCCUUACACUUGUCUGUAUCAUUAUGAAAUAAGCCCUCACGCAUUUGUUUGAGCAUAAUGGACACUAUGUGAUCCCUUUAGGGAAACAAUUUUUGCAAGUGUAAAAUGACAUCCAUAGGUAGAAUAGCCACCCUUCCAAAUAUUUGGCUUUUUUUUUUUUAAUUGCACCUGUUAGUGCAUGCCUCCUAAAGCUAAAAAUUGCUGUAAACUUAAUGAAACACCUUGUGCCAGAUGGUGAUACAAAAUAACGAUCCUAAUGAAUAAACCUAUUAUGUGACAGAACAGCUUUGUGCCUCUAGGUUGAUAUUUUGGAAAUAGAAGCAACCAUUUUGUAAAUACCAAGGAAUCCUGGGUCUGGUAUUUUAUACCAAAGUUACUUUCAGCAGUUGGUGCUGUUGUGAUUCCAAAAUCAGUUCUGAAAACUUAAAGGUUAGAAUUUUUGCUUCAAUUGGAAAUGCUGUUAAUUUGGAUUAGGAUAAUUAGGUUAAUUAGGUUUUCUUAUUAGGUUACUAAUUUUCAGCCAAUUAAAUAGCCAAUAUUUCUACAAAAAAAUUAAGCUAAAGGAGUUACACUAAAUUUCAAAUGGACGAUGGUAGGAUUAACAACUGUUUUAAAGGGAAACUGAAAUCAAUUUUAAGAUGACUUCUCAGAAGACUUAAGAACUGCUCAGGCAAAUGCUCUGAUGGAAAUGAGAUUUUCUGUUGGCCUGAUUACUCUGAAGCAAAUAACUUGAACUGCUGCUUUACAUUUUGAGCCACGUUGAAAGUUUGUGUAGCGUCUUUUGUAUUUUUAGAGCUCUAACCUUGAACACUAUUCAGGAGCAAGGGGCUGUUGCUUCAGUAACAAGCCCUGGAGUUGUCAGGCUUCAGCUCAGUACCCCAGUUGUGGUCCAACAGUAUCUCAGUCUAUCGUAGCCCAAGCUAACUCCCUGCCCCAUAGACCAAGCCAACUCUUAGGGGUCUUCUGGAUCAAGGCCUAGUUUAGGCGGACAAAAAUAUCCAGAUCAAUUCCAGCCAGUUUGGAACCUAUUGAUCUGGACGUCCCAGCUAGUGAGGAGACGAGGCCCCUCAUACCUAGAAUUCAACUCCCUGGUGGACACUAAAAACCAGUAGUUCACACUGCUGCUUUCCUAUUUUUGAGCCAUAAACCAGUAUACACAUGUAUAAUUUUCUUUGUCUUUUGCACUCCAUAAUUUGUGGGAAGUAAGCCUAGAUCUGCUCUUUAAUGGCUUGUGUCUUCAGUUUUCUUGUAUGAUGGACCUAAAUGCCUGUAACAAAACAACAUUAGAUUUUGCACAGCUUAAACCUGGGCUUCAUACUUCAACAUAUGAGAGGGUCGGCAGAUUGUCUGCCAACUCUGUUGAAUCAUACUCUACACACAGUAAGCACUCAAAUACCAUUGAGGAGGAUGAUUUUAGAUCAAUGUAAUCAUUUCAUUUGAGUUCAGUCAUUUUUAGCUCUGCACAAAUUUAUGGUAGCAUGUAGAAUGGAGAGCAGUUUCCUGCUAUGGACUAUUAAUUACCAGUAAAACACGUAAAUUCAAUCUGUCAUAUUUAUUGAAUGUUUACUGUGUGCAGAGCAUUGUACUUAAACGCUUGGGAGAAUACAAUAUAAAAGACACCUUCCCUGCCCACAACGAGUUCACAGUCUAGAGGAUGAACUUAAGUGUGACAUUGUUUGCCUAUCAAAGCAUCUCCAUGUUGCUUGAAACUUAAUGCAGAUUUCUAGUGGAUGGGGCUGGAGGACACCCUCUGAAUUUGCACAUGCUUGAAUGUAAAGGUGAGGAAGCAAACAGAGAAACAACAAAUUAAAGAUUGUUAUAGAAAUGAAAUAACAUACAAGAAAUUAAAGCAGUGAUGAUUUCAUUGCUGAGCAUGUUACCAUAAGAACAGUAUUCUGACUAAAAGAUGCAAAUCGGCAGAGAUGUUGUUUCCUGUUGUAAUCGUGCAGGAAUUGAUUGGAUUUAUAGGUGCAAAGCAAGACUACAAGACUUUUACUUUAUCUAAAUGGGUAUCAAUAUUUUAAUACAACAUUGCAAUAUCUUUUAUCAGUCAAUUCUCCACUUGAAUUUUUUUUUUAAUUUCCAGAGAGUGACUUUCCAAAUUUACCGUACCAUUUCAGCUUUGGUCAGAGAACUCUCACCCAUUCCAAGUAUGAUGGGGAAGAAGUAAUCUUUAAGGUUUUUCACGAGAGUCGCUAGUGGAGUGUUUUUUAAAUCUGGUGUGUUGAGGAUCUGGAGCGAUAGCUAAGGCUGUUCUUUUUCAUAGUUUCAUAAGUGCACACUAAUUUGGAUAGGUGCUGUACUUUUCAUAGUAUUUUUUAUAUAGCAUAUACCUAUGCUAUAUAUCAAUAUUUACUAUGUUAAUCACCAAGAACAUCACCAGUACUACAAUUUUGAAGAAUGCAGAUGGAAACGCUUGAGCAUGCACAAGUAAAGGGCUAUCUUGGGCCCUUCAGUCCCAAGAAUAAACUCCAGGAAGAGUACUGUGAUUUUUCCUUAAGACACUUCAAUUCAAACUCACUCGUAUCCUGGAUUUGUCAUCCAUUUCUAAUAUCGGUAUCCCGAUCAAAAGGUGAGGGAUUUUCCUCGUCAAUGAUGGGGAUGUGUUCUGAAUGUACCCACAGUUGUCCAAACCAAAGAUUUAUGAUAUUAAGGUGGGUAGAGACGGUCACACCAGGAAUGUAAGGCUUGGGGAAAAACAAAAAGCAUUUUAACCUUGUUUCAAUUAGGUGCUUGCUACUUUCUUAAAGGACAAGUUCAUCGUUACCAGCAAAUAUACAUGGUAAGUGAGCUGUAAGCACGUACCUUAGGCGUUUAACUUCUCUGCCUCAGCUUCCACAUCUGUAAAAUGGGACACAAUACCUGUCCUUCCUCCUCCUUAGUCUGUGAACUCAAAGUGGAACAAGGGCCCUGGCCAAAAUGAUUAUCUGGCAUUUAAUAGCGUUUGAGCACAUAGAGAAUGCUCAGUAAGUACCAUCACUAUUAUUAUAAUACAUGCUAAAAAUAAGCUACAGAGGAUAAACAUGGAUAUUCCAGGAUAGGUGGGAAGGUGGUGUUUGGCAAGGUAAACCUAUGCAUUUCUUUAGAAAUUGUUGGAUUUGCAUGUGUACAUAAAAUUUCCAAGGCCAUAGCUUUCCAUACCUAAUUCAAUUCAUAUGCAGCUUAGGGGGUAGGGAGACUCUACAAAAUUAGAGGCCUUCCCCUGUGACUACAGAUAUUCUUCCUUUAGCUCUGGAAAAAUUCCCCUCCCCAUCUGAAAUUGCAUUAUGCCGAAUUGCUGUUUUCUAAAUGCAUUAUACUGUGAACAAGUUUAAUUCUUAUGAAGCGUUAAGACUUUGUAGAAUGAGGGCUCUUAAACUGUAUAGUCUAACAGCAUUUUCAGUUCCAGUUGUGAAAAACACUACAAUGCAUCCUAUGUAAACAUUUCAAUUUGUGUAAAGAUACUCAUAGCAUAAAUUGUGAAAAUGACAAAUUACUAACAUUGUUCCUUACACAUUUCACUUAAUUACCACUGCAGAUUUGUUUGAGUAGGUGUGAUGUAUGUCAGGUUUAAAAUGUCUCCUUCCUGAUUUAAAUUUUAAAAAUUAGCCUAUACUAAAGGUAAACAGUAUGGCCUAAAAUGAUUUCAGAAAAACAUUUUAACUAAUGUAUGCUUAAAGUGAGUUUCUGUAUCAUGUUAUAAAAGAAAGUAUCAACAAGGGCAUAGAAUAUAACCUAUUACUAAAACAUUGUAAAAUGCAAACUAGUUUGCUUGGCUGUCGAUUCUUCAAGUGCUGCUUAUGUGUGUUUUUAAAAUAUGCAUGUAUUUAACAACUUUGCAAUAGUAAUGCCAUAAACAAAUAAAUAUAUUUUCUUACAUUC